AUGUCCCCGCUCAAUGUCGUCACUUCUGGUGUUGAUGGUAUGAGCUCCAAUUUACGAGAUCUCAGUAUUCACCUUCAGCAACUAAAGUUGGUGGACACUACUAUCGCAUAUGACUUUUUGUGUCCUUUAGAUGAAAAAGGUCAGCCUAAACCGGGUUCAUUGCAGUUGAACUGGCCCUACCUAGAGGUAUUAGAACUUGAGGGUAUACCACCUUGGCUUCCUUCAGGAGAACCAACUUAUCAUAACACACCGGAAGACCAAAGCGAAAUCGACGAGAUUGAAAAUUGGGAAGACGUGAUAUGCGAUGUCGAAGCGGGAUGGGGCGGGCCGGAAUUACCGACUGAAGAACAUUUCCAUCGACUUCUCAUAUCGCUCGGCUAUGCGGCCCAGCGCAUGCCCCGUUUAAAGAACUUGAAAAUUGAGGUGGUGAGCCAUCGCCAGUUUACCUUCUGUCUUCAGAACAAGGCCGAGAUUAUCUUGAAAUGGGAAUGUUUUCACCCAUAUCGGCCAGAUAGUCGGGUGGCAAAGGCGUGGGAUUUUGACUUGGAUGAUGUGAAAAGUCACUCCCAAUACGAGGAUGAAAGUUCUGUGAUACUUCGAACCUGGCCGCCCAACACCCCUAUCUAG